GUUGGAAUCGCUGCUCCGAAGCCUCUGGUUGGACUAAAGGGAAAAAGGCUCGUUUUGAAGACUUCACCAGCCAACUUCGUCCACCCCCCGUCCUCACUCAACCGCUUCCUCGCACGACCUCCGCAAUACCGCCAUCAUGUCUUGGUUCGGCGUCGUCCCCUUCAAGAAGUUCCCGGCUCCUUUCCUGAAGCCGUACUGGCCUUUCUUUGCCGCCGGCCUGGUUAUUGCUUAUGGCGCCAACUCUGCCCAGAACGCCAUGAUGGCCUCCGACGAGUGGAAGAACGACCCUCGCAACCCCAACGCCAAGGCGGCCCCCAAGGCUCACUAAACCGCAUAAAAAGGAAAAAAUGGAUUGCGAAGGAAGUUGGUGGAGGAAGGGAUAUAUACUCGGAUGGCUCGAGAGCAUGUAGCGCGAGAGUCUCGCUGCAUUGUAUCAUAGACUCGCAUUCAGGGCUGAAUAGACCUUUAUGAUGAACAAGCAACAAUUGCUAUGAGCUGUGAUAUUGCAGGUAUUGUGCUGGAAUCUGCAAAGUUGCGAGGGCUCCCUUUCGCUGUUUCCUAAGUGUCAUGAGAGAAAACGAGUGUUGGGCAGCUUGGAGCAAAUGCAAAGCUAUGUGAAAGGUCCUGCUUUGAUAUCGGGGCUACCCUGUGAUGUGCUUCAAUUUUUUAAUUCGUACACCAAGCUUGGACUAAGCUAUAACACAAGCCGAAUUGUCAUGAUUGAAA